GCCUUAGUUAUCCUUUAUUUGUAAUUUUCUCUUAAUUAUACUAGUCGUCUUUUCAGGGGUUUUGUUUGUUUUUUAAUUCGUUUGUGCCUCGGCGCACUCAGGUUGCUAGCUACCUCACAAAACAAACCAGAUCUGCAAACUCAGCCAGGAAGAGAAGAGGCAGAUCAAACUGACAAGAUGGCGACCGCCUCUGGGCGGCCGCAAAUCUCCACCCACUUUGGGCGGAGGUCUGCGUCAUGUGACCCUUUUCCUGGCUCCGCCUCCCGCCCCAGUGCCUGACGGGAGUCGGAGCGGCGAACGAGGCCGUCGGCCAUUUUGUGUCUGGUUCCUGUGGGACGCGGUGGUGGCCUUUGGGUCGGAAAAGUGAGCGAUAUUCUCCUCUUUUUCCUUGUUUUUCUCCUAGUUUUUCUUGGUCGGUAGAGCGCAGGUAUGGGUCGCAAGAAGAAGAAGCAGCUGAAGCCGUGGUGCUGGUAUUGUAAUAGAGAUUUUGAUGAUGAGAAGAUCCUUAUACAGCACCAAAAAGCAAAGCAUUUUAAAUGCCAUAUAUGUCAUAAGAAAUUGUAUACAGGACCUGGCUUAGCUAUUCAUUGCAUGCAGGUACAUAAAGAGACAAUAGAUGCUGUACCAAAUGCAAUACCUGGGAGAACAGACAUAGAGUUGGAAAUAUAUGGUAUGGAAGGUAUUCCAGAGAAAGACAUGGAUGAAAGAAGACGACUUCUUGAACAGAAGACACAAGAAAGUCAAAAAAAGAAGCAACAAGAUGAUUCUGAUGAGUAUGAUGAUGAUGAUUCUGCAGCCUCAACUUCAUUUCAACCACAGCCUGUUCAACCUCAGCAAGGUUAUAUUCCCCCAAUGGCGCAGCCAGGACUGCCACCAGUUCCAGGAGCACCAGGAAUGCCUCCAGGCAUACCUCCAUUGAUGCCAGGUGUUCCUCCUCUGAUGCCAGGAAUGCCACCAGUUAUGCCAGGCAUGCCACCUGGAUUGCAUCAUCAGAGAAAAUACACCCAGUCAUUUUGCGGUGAAAACAUAAUGAUGCCAAUGGGUGGAAUGAUGCCACCUGGACCAGGAAUACCACCUCUGAUGCCUGGGAUGCCACCAGGUAUGCCUCCCCCUGUUCCACGUCCUGGAAUCCCUCCAAUGACCCAAGCGCAGGCUGUUUCAGCGCCAGGUAUUCUUAAUAGACCACCUGCACCGACAGCAACCGUACCUGCGCCACAGCCUCCUGUUACUAAGCCUCUUUUCCCUAGUGCUGGACAGAUGGGGACACCUGUAACAAGCUCAAGUACAGCUUCAUCCAAUUCAGAAAGUCUGUCUGCAUCUUCUAAAGCUCUGUUUCCUAGCACAGCACAAGCUCAGGCAGCUGUCCAAGGACCUGUUGGUACAGAUUUCAAGCCUUUAAAUAGUACCCCUGCAACAACUACAGAACCCCCAAAGCCUACGUUCCCUGCUUAUACGCAGUCUACAGCUUCAACCACUAGUACAACAAAUAGUACUGCAGCUAAACCAGCAGCUUCAAUAACAAGUAAGCCUGCUACACUAACGACAACUAGUGCAACCAGUAAGUUGAUCCAUCCAGAUGAGGAUAUAUCACUGGAAGAAAGAAGGGCACAGUUACCUAAAUAUCAACGUAAUCUUCCUCGACCAGGACAGGCCCCCAUUGGUAAUCCUCCAGUUGGACCAAUUGGAGGUAUGAUGCCACCACAACCAGGCAUCCCACAGCAACAAGGAAUGAGACCACCAAUGCCACCUCAUGGUCAGUAUGGUGGUCAUCAUCAAGGCAUGCCAGGUUACCUUCCUGGUGCUAUGCCGCCAUAUGGGCAGGGACCGCCAAUGGUACCCCCUUACCAAGGUGGGCCGCCUCGACCUCCGAUGGGAAUGAGACCUCCUGUAAUGUCGCAAGGUGGCCGCUACUGAUCUUACUUCAUCCAGUCUAAUAGGUUUUUAGAAGUGAAGUAUAGUAAUUUGGUUCGUUAAAUUGUGAAGGCGCUGGAAUUACAUGAACAUACCACCUUAAUAAAGCCCUGCCAUAGGACAGGCUGAGGCUGAGUCUCAGUGUUGCCCUGUUCAGUCUGAGCAGCAGAAUUUCAGCAUUUGCUACUUACUGGUAGAGAAGAAAAAUCCCACAGCCCUGCCAGUACAGGUUAGUUUAAUCUGUAAGUACCUGAUGUUCCUAUUUUUUUCAAACAUAUCCAUAUAACUCACACAAGGAAGAAAGCAAUACAGUUACUUGAAUGUGAGUAUAACUAAGAAUAAAUCCAUUGGACACUUUCAGACACUUCAUGCUUUGGGCCUAGCAUGUAGAUCUAGGUUUGUUAACCUCAGUUAUAAUUAAGGUGUCAUACUCCUUUAUUAUCCGGUUGUGGAUGAACCUAAUUCAGAUACAUUGUACAUUAAAGGAAAAGACAGUGAAAGUUUCCAUUGGUUGUUGUGCCUUUGUUGUUAUAUGAUGUUAGAGUCUGGGGGCUUUGGGUCCAGGGUCUUUUACUUAAGCCACUGCAUAGUGGCUCUUAACAACCUUAUAAUAUGUACACUUUAAAAAAAAGGCAUAUUUCCUCACCUCUAGGAAUGAUAAGUGGUGUGUAAUCAUAAGCUAGAAAAAAAUUUCAUACUACUUUUUUGUUCUUGAAUAUUUUUAGUAACACCUGUAAAAAUUACUCAUUUUUUUAUCUUAUUUUUUUUGUACACUAUAACCUAUUCUGUUGGUACACCAGUGUGUGUUCAUUUUAUUUCAAACUAAAAAUAAACUACUUUCUAAUAUUCAAAUGAAGGCUGACUAUCCAUCAAGAAAUCUAGCCAGAUUCUUCAUGUAAUCCUUUUGAGGGGUUGGAAGGAUGUAAUGGCUUGUGGAAGAUGUAUUAUUAUGUUAAUACUUUUCGUUCUAUCAGAGUUUAUGGUUGUUGGAACCAUUUUUUGAGAGAUUCCCUUAAAUAUUGUGCUUUUAUGUUACUAAACUUAAAGCACUAAGGGGAAUAAAUAAAGCUACAACUUAACUUCUGUGAGCCUGAACCAUCCUACUAAUCUAUAGCAGAGCUAGGAUGUGUAGUUUUCAAAUCCUUUCCCCUUAAGUGUAAUGAUGUCUAAUUUGAGACAAUCUAGCCAUAAAACUAGCCCAUCUUGUAAUCUUUUCAACUGGAUGGUGAUUAGCCAUCUUGAAAAUAGAUCUUUAUAUGGAAAUUGUGUUCUGUUAACAUAGAUUUAUCAUCUAAUAAUAAAAUAUAUUUUAUGAGUUAUACACUUGUUUUUUUUAAUGUAAAAUUGCCCAGGGGCUUGGUUUCAUUGCCUUUCACAGUUUAAUCUGUAUAUGAAAUGGCGUAGAUACAGUGGAAAUGGUUUUCCUUAAAACCAUCCCUUUAAAGCAUCCUUUCUGGUGAGUAUUAUUAUUUUGUACUUUUAUGUGUCACAGUUCUGCUUUUUAAAAUUAACUGAAUGAUCAAAGAGGCGAGCAAUCUGAAUUUCUGGAUCUCUUUAGAUAUUACUUGAGUCAGGAAUAUUGGAAGAUGAUUAUUCUACUUUCUGACAUUCCCCUAAUACUGCUAGUUCACUUUUUUCGGAUGUGUGCUGUUCUGCAUGAACUUUUACAUACAUAAAUUGUUUGAAAUAAGUUAUAAACGAAAUGAAAUAAAAUUUAUGGCAUUUCAGUUUGGUCUUUAUUUUUUUUUUGGAGACAAUCUCACUCUGUUACCCUGGGUAGAGUGCCGUGGCAUCAUCAUAGCUCACAGCAACCUUAAACUCUUGGGCUCAAGCCAUCCUCCUGUUUUAGCCUUAAAAUAACUGGGACUACAGGCACCUCCCACAACACUGGGCUAGUUUUUUUUUUAGUAGAGAUGGGGUCUUGCACUUGCUCAGGCUGGUCUUAUAACUCAAGUAAUGACCUGACUUGGCCUUUCAGAGUGCUAGGAUUUCAGGCAGGAGCCACCUGACCCAACUAAGAAAACUUUUUAAAAAUUUAAAAGUUUUCUUUCUUUCGUUUUUGUUGUUGUUGUUGUUGUUGAGACAGUCUUACUAUAUCGUCCUUGGUAGAGUGCUUGGCAUCACAGCUCACAGCAACCUCAAACUCUGGGGCUUAAGCGAUUCUAUUGUCUCAGCCGCCAAGUAGCUGGGGCUACAGGGAUUGCCUGACACAAUCCCUGACUAUUUUUUUGUUGCAGUUGUUACUUAGCAGGCCUGGGCCACAUUCGAACCUCCCAGCCUCGUUGUGUGUGGCUGGCACCCUAACAACCCUAAGCUGUGGGCGCUGAGCCUCUUUGUUUUGUUUUUUUUGAGACAGAAUCUUGCUGUUUCCUGGGCUAGAGUACCCUAGUGUUAGACUAGCUCACAACAACCUCAAACUCCUGGUCUCAAGGAAUUCUGCCUCUGCCUCCCUGCUAGCUGGGGCUAAAGGCAUGCACCAUCAUGCAUAACUUUUUCUUUAUUUUUUUUUUUUGUAGAGACAGAGUCUCACUAUGGCCCUGGGUAGAGUGCCAUGGCAUCACACAGCUCACAGCAACCUCCAAUUCCUGGGCUUAAGCGAUUCUCUUGCCUCAGUCUCCCGAGUAGCUGGGACUACAGGCGCCCGCCACAACGCCCGGCUAUUUUUUUGGUUGCAAUUCAGCCGGGGCCAGGUUUGAACCCACCACCCUUGGUAUAUGGGGCUGGUGCCUUACCGACUGAGCCACAGGCGCCACCCACAUAAUUUUUUCAAUUGUUUAGUAGAGACGGUUUUGCUCUUGCUCAGGCUGGUCUCAAAUUCUUGAGCUCAAAUUCUCCCGUCUCAGACUCCUAGUGUGCUGGGAUUACAGGUGUGAGCUACUGUGCUUUGCAUAGGUUUUCUUUGUAGUUGAUAGCCCAAGUAUUUUUCUCAUGAUUUUGAGACAUCACAUAGGUGUCAAGUUAAAAAAUAAGAACAACCGUCUGUCUUGUUGAAGCUGUUGUUGCAGUGACUCAUGAAAGAUUAAAUUGGAAUUAGGGUACUAAAAUUGGUCAUGCAGACAAGUUGCUUACAGGGUUUUCUUUAAGAGAUUUGAAAUUUUCAAUUAAGUCACUAACAUUGCUUGAAAAACAGAGGUCAGAAAUGUUGAUUUCUGAGACUAUGCCUACCAGAAAAUCAACCUCUGAAUGUAUUUCUAAUUACUCUGUGUUCUAUUUUAUGCUUAGUUUCAGUGUGAACACACAGAUUUCUUUUUCCCUAUAGGUUUUUGCUACAUUCUAGGUAAUGUGAACAUAUGCUAAGGGUGUUUUCCUAGUGUAUUUCCUACUUUGGUCUUUGAGAACCGACAAUGAACAGUCAGCUCUGAUGCUUUUUUAGUAUGAGCAAAAUCUGAAAAUUGAUACCUGAGUGUGUGAUAUGUUAAUAUAUUUUUCUAGGUUAUUGCUAAACAAAGUAUGGACCCUCUAUUUGUAUCUUUAAGAUUUAAAGUGAAGUAAAUUUCUAAGGUACUGUGUCCUUUUUUAGCAGGAAUAAACAGUGAAAAUUUGGUAAGUAUGUAACUUUAAGUGCAUGUAAUAGUCAUGAGAGUAAGUAGCCAAAUUUCCAUAGUUCAAGGUAUUAUUUAGAAAUGAACAAGAAUGCUUUAAUCUCCUUUUUAACUAUGCGUUUAUACCAUGUUACAAAUCUGUUGUGUGCAUAAUGAUUAAAUUGAAAUUACCUUACUCGGUUGUCUGUUUGUUUGUUUGUUUUCCUUUAACUUCGAAUGGUUCUAUAAGUACUAAUUUUGUAUUUCAAGCCUUUUUCAGGGUAAAAAUAAGUGGCUGUUAACGACUUUGAGAAGAAUUAUCUAAUUGUCCCUUUUUAAAAUUCAGUGAUGACUUUUUAGUUUAAGUCUUGGUUUUGUCAGCUCUAGUCAUAACUGAAAAUAGGCAGCUCAAAUGGAAAAAGUCUUUGCUUUUUGUGGAAUAUUAUAGGAAUCAGUGCACCAUCUUGAGAUGGUAUUAAGCCCAUACUUUAAUUGCAUGGAAGCAGUAUUUUUAAAUUAAGAGAGAAAAGUCCCUUGAUUUGGAGUCUCCCCUACUCCCUGGGAUGUUGUAUUAUUAAUAAAAUGAUAAAUGAAAGUUAAAAUGAAAAGUACUGGCUCAGCACCUGUCGCUCAAGCAGAUAAGGUGCCAGCCACGUGUCACCUGAGCUAGCGGGUUCAAGUCCAGCCUGGGCCUGCCAAACAACAAUGAUGGCUGCAACCAAAAAAUAGCUCGGUGGUGUAGCAGGCACCUGUAAUCCCAGUUACUUGGGAGGCGGAGGCAGGAGAAGCGCUUGAGCCCAGGAGUUGGAGGUUGCUACGAGCUUUGAUGCCAUGGCACUCUACUCAGGGUGACAGCUUGAGGCUCUGUCUCAACAAAAAAAGAAAA